AUGGCGUCGAAUCAAUAUCAAAACGAAAAACCUAACCUACGGCCAACAAAGCGUGUCAAUGCCGGUGGAAAAACUAUCUUUUUACAUCAUAAUCCACAUAAUCCGUCAACUAAAUCCUAUAUACGCGCAACCUAUCGAAAUGCUCCUGAAAAUUCUUCGGAUCCAUUCGGAAUUGAACGAGGCGAUGUAGAAUAUUCGUUGAAUAAACGACAACGUUGGGAAGUUUUGAAUGACUUUCGUCGACAUCUGGCCAACGAAGCCAGUUCAUCGAAUGACGAACUCGAUGUUCAAUCGGAUUCUGAACAACCACAAAGAAAGAAUAAAUCACGACGAAAAAAGCCAAUCAAUCCUUCACGUACAAAAUAUCGUCUUAUUACUAGUAAUGUCGGACAGCGACGCACUCAAUUACCAAAUAAAACUUACAUGCAAGAUUCUUCAUUGGUGAAACGACAUGGCUUAAUAGUAGAAAAAGAAAAUGCCGUUGCUGCUAAUAAUAAUAACAGUCCAAGAGCAGACAAGCCUGCUGCUGAUGUCACAUACUUUGCUGUCGUGCCACCGCCGAGAGAAAAACAAUUAUCGAAUAUUCGAAUUCAGCACGGUUAUAAAGCGAAAAAGACGACGAACAGCACGACUCAACGGUCGAAAGUUCCUCAAACGAAAGGACAUAUACGUAUUGAUGAGCCGAAUGAAGAUGGCGAUGAAGAAUUUUCCAGCGAUGCUGAUGAACCUGUGACACCGAGCGUUUCAUCGCAGAAACCAAUAGGUUUACAAUUGACUGACUUCAUUCGAACUGUUCCCGAUGAUGAAAAUCUUGUGACCAAAGUGGUGGCUGACAACUUAGUUACAGUGCAAAACUUCGAUCCGAAAUCUUCUCGCUUUUAUUUGGAUGACAUCGAACCUGGAAGAAAAUUUCGUCGACAGAUCAGUCGAGAAGAAAAACUCUACAAUCACGACAAAGCUGUUUAUCUAAAACGACAAAAGAGCACCGGAAAAAAUGUCGAACCAAAACAGAAACCUCAUCAUUAUCUUAUGCCAUUAUCAUUUCGAACGAUUUUGAUGCAUAAAAUGGACUUGAACGAUGACCUCUUGUCAAAAGCUUACAAUAAAAAUUUCAUUCAUGCUCAAUGUUAUCCAACCAAGUAUUUAAUUUGUAUAACUGAUCGUUUGAAAGCAUAUCAUUGGGCAAAUGAUUUCGAGCUAUUUCCAACAUAUGCAACAUUGAAUGCUUACCUUAUCUUCAUUCCGAACCUUGAAGAUUCAACAAACGAUCAGUACUGUCGGGUGCAAGUUGGUCUGAACAUGGACUUAUAUGCUGAUUCGAUCCAAUUGGAGAAUUUAUAUGAGUCGAGUGAAUCCAUCUAUACGGUGGAUGAUGUUGUGCAAAAGGCGGUGGAAUUCGUAACAAGUUUACCAUUUGAAGCGUUCAAGCCCAUUGACUCAGAAAUAAGUCGACGAAGAUUGAUUCGAAAUGAAGAAGAUAAUGAUUUGAGCGAAAGUGAAUUUGUCAAUAAACAAAUCCGUCAUUUGCAAUUGUUGGACAAAAGUUCUGUUCAAGCAAAGACGGUUUUACAAGAAGAAGAAUUGAACAGUGAAAUAUCUGCAGACGAAUAUGAUUUGAUCAGACCGAAUAUUUGUACAAAUUGCUACCAAGAUAUUGAUGAAACAACCCCAAUGACAGCAUUAAAAUCCUGUGCCCAUUGGCUAUGCAACGAAUGCUGGAGACAAUAUUUGGAGAAUUCAGUAAAAGGAGUCAAAGUUGUUCUUUGUCCAGAAUGGAAUUGUUGUUCAAUCAUUGACGUUGGUACACUUCUGUCAUUGAUUAAUGUUCGGUGCAUGAAUCUGUACGAACGAAACAUCGAAAAAUGUCUCGUCAAUGUUUCACGAUCUUAUACGAAAUGUCCGUCGAAGUCAUGUUCGAAUAUUAUUCAAGUGAUCGGUUCCAACGCUGAACAUGUCCGAUGUCGUUGCGGUCAUGAGUUCUGUCUUCAUUGCCGAAAAGAUCCUCAUUUUCCCGCAACAUGUAGUGCGUAUCGUUUGUACAUUGACGAAGUCUAUCGUAACGGUGAUUUCAUAUCGGAUUACAAUGCCAUCACUCAAGUGAAAGGGCGAAAUUGCAUAUCAUGUGAUAAUUUUAUUGAAAAGAACGGCGGUUGUAAUCAUAUGACGUGCCGGUGUGGCACAGAGUUCUGCUGGACUUGCAUAGCGUAUUGGAAGGAUCACUAUCCACCAGACGGAACAUUCCGUUGUCCAAAGGAAGCUGUACCGCUGCAAGAAGAAGUUUUGGCUAAACAUCAUAAUCAGUCCCGCCGAUAUUACUACGCUGCGAUACUUCACCAUCACGAGCGCCUUUUAACCAAUACACAGAAGCAAAAUGAAAAUGUCAAACGUCUGCUUGGCACUAUACCGUUGGAUAAAGGCACAUUAUUCGAUAGUGCUCUUGUGAAAUCACAAGUCGACAAACGUGAAGCGGUCUUACGUCAUCUUUAUCAAACGGUGAAAUACAUUGCGAAUUUACAUCGUAUUUGUGAAUUUAUUGCUGUUGCUGCUGAAGGUUACGGAAAUAAUCCAAGUGAAUUUCGAAAUAGUUUACAACCACUGGAAACAGUUGCUUUUCAAAUGAGCCAAAUUUUAGAAGGUGGACGUGGACCAAAAGCUGUUGAACAAUUAAAAGAUUUAUAUGCAUCGAGUGAGAAAAUCAUUGAACGUUUACGACGUGCUGUAACUUUACGAGAAUUACGACGGGCUAAUACAACCGGUUAUGUCACAUCGUAA